UUUAUAUAUGAGUGAUUAAAAGUAAUCACACGUAUUUAGCAGAAGUAAUAAUGGUUUUCAAAGUAAUAGCCUUUUUAGGGCUUCUAGCGGUAGCAAAUGCUAUGGUGAACUAUGAAAACUACAAAGUAUACAAUGUUAUGCCAAAGUCAGAAGCUGAAGUGCAAAUGGUUAAUGAUCUGAAGAAGGAUGGAUAUGAAUUCUGGACGGAGAUAUUUGAAGUUGGCAGCGAAGUGAGAAUUAUGGUCGCUCCUGAUCAAGAUGAGGAGUUUUCAAGUUACGUCAAAAGUGUAAAUCUUGACGCUAUAGUCAGCAUUGCUAAUGUGCAAGAGUUAAUAGACGCUCAACUCAAGACAGCCAUCCCCAAUGCUGAUUCCCGAAGCAGUACACUAGGGGGCAUGUCUUGGGACAGAUACUAUAGCUUGGAAAGCAUCUACAACUGGUUAGACGAGCUAGAAACUCUUUACCCCAAUGUGGUCACUACUGUCAGUCUCGGGAACACCUUCGAAGGCCGCCCGAUCAGAUGUGUCAUCAUUGACUUCAAAUCUGGUGACAGAGGCGAAAGACCCUUGACGGCGAUGAUUGAAGCAGGAAUUCAUGCCAGAGAAUGGAUCGCACCUGCCACUGCUACAUGGAUCAUCAAAGAAUUUCUGACAAGUAAUGACCCUGAAGUUAGAAGCAUGGCUGAGACAUUCGUCUGGCAUAUUAUCCCAGUUGCUAAUCCUGAUGGAUAUGUUUAUACUUUUACAAAUGAUCGAAUGUGGAGGAAAAACCGGAAUCGCGCAAAUCACGUCAUGUGUGGAACUAAUGCCGAUGCUGGCAACGGUAUUGACUUGAACAGGAACUUCAACUUCCAAUGGAUGGUUACUGGAGCCUCAUCGAACCCGUGUGAUCAGACCUACGCCGGCCCCUCCGCGGCGUCCGAGCGAGAGACCCAAGCCAUCUCCAACUACGUCAUCAGAUUAGACCAGACCAGCGAGCUCAUCUACUACAUCGACUUCCAUUCAUACUCACAGAUGGUCCUAGUACCAUAUAGCCACGUAAGCGGCAUCGAUGUACUUCAGGCACCUAACUAUGGUGAUAUGUUUGAGGUCGCUAUCCGAGCUGCAGAGAAGUUGGAGGCCAGACAUGGAACGCGCUAUACUGUUGGGACAUCUCAAGAAAUUUUAUACGCUGUCACCGGUUCAAGCUUUGACUGGGUAAAGGGUGUUGUUAAUGUCCCAAUCGUGUACCUCUUUGAAUUAAGAGACGUCGGUCUGUACGGGUUCUUACUGCCCCCCGAAGACAUUAUCCCCAAUAAUGAGGAAAUCAUGGACGCCUUUUUAGAAAUGGAUAGGGUUACCAGACAGUUGGGUUACUACUCUGGCACAGGAGUUGCUUUCAGUUCUUUUGUGUCGUUGGUGGUUUCUGCGUGUUUGUUGGUACUGCUGUUCAGAAUUAAUACAGUCACUGUGAUUAAAAGUAAUCACACGUAUUUAGCAGAAGUAAUAAUGGUUUUCAAAGUAAUAGCCCUUUUAGGGCUUCUAGUGGUAGCAAAUGCUAUGGUGAACUAUGAAAACUACAAAGUAUACAAUGUUAUGCCAAAGUCAGAAGCUGAAGUGCAAAUGGUUAAUGAUCUGAAGAAGGAUGGAUAUGAAUUCUGGACGGAGAUAUUUGAAGUUGGCAGCGAAGUGAGAAUUAUGGUCGCUCCUGAUCAAGAUGAGGAGUUUUCAAGUUACGUCAAAAGUGUAAAUCUUGACGCUAUAGUCAGCAUUGCUAAUGUGCAAGAGUUAAUAGACGCUCAACUCAAGACAGCCAUCCCCAAUGCUGAUUCCCGAAGCAGUACACUAGGGGGCAUGUCUUGGGACAGAUACUAUAGCUUGGAAAGCAUCUACAACUGGUUAGACGAGCUAGAAACUCUUUACCCCAAUGUGGUCACUACUGUCAGUCUCGGGAACACCUUCGAAGGCCGCCCGAUCAGAUGUGUCAUCAUUGACUUCAAAUCUGGUGACAGAGGCGAAAGACCCUUGACGGCGAUGAUUGAAGCAGGAAUUCAUGCCAGAGAAUGGAUCGCACCUGCCACUGCUACAUGGAUCAUCAAAGAAUUUCUGACAAGUAAUGACCCUGAAGUUAGAAGCAUGGCUGAGACAUUCGUCUGGCAUAUUAUCCCAGUUGCUAAUCCUGAUGGAUAUGUUUAUAGUUUUACAAAUGAUCGAAUGUGGAGGAAAAACCGGAAUCGCGCAAAUCACGUCAUGUGUGGAACUAAUGCCGAUGCUGGCAACGGUAUUGACUUGAACAGGAACUUCAACUUCCAAUGGAUGGUUACUGGAGCCUCAUCGAACCCGUGUGAUCGGACCUACGCCGGCCCCUCCGCGGCGUCCGAGCGAGAGACACAAGCCAUCUCCAACUACGUCAUCAGAUUAGACCAGACCAGCGAGCUCAUCUACUACAUCGACUUCCAUUCAUACUCACAGAUGGUCCUAGUACCAUAUAGCCACGUAAGCGGCAUCGAUGUACUUCAGGCACCUAACUAUGGUGAUAUGUUUGAGGUCGCUAUCCGAGCUGCAGAGAAGUUGGAGGCCAGACAUGGAACGCGCUAUACUGUUGGGACAUCUCAAGAAAUUUUAUACGCUGUCUCCGGUUCAAGCUUUGACUGGGUAAAGGGUGUUGUUAAUGUCCCAAUCGUGUACCUCUUUGAAUUAAGAGACGUCGGUCUGUACGGGUUCUUACUGCCCCCCGAAGACAUUAUCCCCAAUAAUGAGGAAAUCAUGGACGCCUUUUUAGAAAUGGAUAGGGUUACCAGACAGUUGGGUUACUACUCUGGCACAGGAGUUGCUUUCAGUUCUUUUGUGUCGUUGGUGGUUUCUGCGUGUUUGUUGGUACUGCUGCAAUAAUAUAGUGCAAUUUAAUUAAAUGAUUAAAUUACAGGUUCAGAAUUAAUACAGUCACUGGUGAUUAUAGAUUGCAGCAGCUAACGUGUUCAAAAUAUCUGAACAUUUACUUUAACGUUCUGAGUAUAACAGACUUUGUUUAUAUAUUUGUGAAAGUCUCAGCUAAUAAAUAAUUUAAUGGAACCUAACAGAUUUUGAGUUUUUCUAUUAAGAGUACUGAGAAUUACGUUAAAUUAAUUUAUUUUGAAUAAAAGUGUCAAAAGUUUUUAAAA